AUGACUACUCGACCCCGUGGUUCAGAUAUUCCUGAUGAAAUUGUCCCGGUGAAUGACGGUGAAACAGCCACGCUGCGGUGCAAUAUCAGUACCAACCCAAAGCAGUUCGACAGGCUAUCAUGGACGAAAGAUGAUCUUACAGAGAAGAUUGCCCUUAUCAAGGAAUGUAAAGGUAUUCAAAUAUCGAACUCCUUGUGCAACAUCUCCGUUUCUACACCGGGAAAGUACUCCGUGGCAGGCGAUCUGGCGUCUGAUAUCAUUUUAAGAGUCAGAGAUGUGACGAUAGAUGAUGACGGGAUUUACACGUGUAAAGCAAUCACCUUGGGAGGGAGUCCGUCCAAGUGCAUUAGGCUUGCAGUGUUGAGACCGCCAACUGAUAUAACUCUUCUAGAUAUCAACAAGCAACUUGCACUGACUGAAAGGGAUGUGAUGAACGUUGUACGUGAUCGCACUAACAGAAUCAAUUGCACGGUUCCCUCAUCCAACCCCGAGGCGAAUAUCAAGUGGACUUAUGGUGACGUCCAUGUCACCGUACACGAACAGACCAAUCGGAGCGUAGGAUCAGACGUCCCGUUUGUGACGUCAACCAGAGCUCUCGAUAUUUUCCCGACUGCAGACGAUACUGGUGGUGAAAUCUCCUGCGUUGUAAAGCAUUAUGGACUAUCGACAGCGCUUCAGAAGAAUGUCAUUCUAAAUGUUGGAAGUUUACCAAACAGCCCCAAAGAUGUCAAGGUUGUUGGUGCGUCUGUCACGCCGACUUCCUUCACUCUCGCAUGGCUUCGAGGUUCCUUUGACGGCGAGCAAGAAACUUACACCGUCGUUUACUGCUCAACCCACGAGCUCGAACAAUGUUUGGAUAUUUCCGGAAUCGUCGCUACUCGUGUCAAGAUCGACAAUCUUCGGCCGUUCACUUCGUACCGUAUUGAAGUUAGCAGCGAGAGCAUAUUCGGCUCCAGUGAAGAUAAUGCCAUCGUCAUACAGUUGACCAAACCCUUAUCUCCAACCGAACUAGGUAUCAAGGCUAUCUACAAUCCAAGCGACAUGAGUGUUGACGUGACUCGGCCACACCGUGAACUCGACCCACUUCCCAUAGGUAUCUGUUUUCAACUCGUCCAAACACCGUCUUCAAACUCUGCCGACCCUACUCUGGAAGAAAGCGAAUGUGUGGGCGUUGAUGAGAGCGUACCAAUUCCACCUGGGUGGACUCUGAACAAAUUGGCCAUUGUCACUUUUGGCAACACUGCGCUGAGUGCCCCAUCGGAGAUACUUGGUAUCUCAAAAGGCAAGGAUCUUUAA